GAAACUGGUACCCGAGAGAGCGGCGCGCAGGUCUCACUGCAGCCAGGUCCCGCUGAUGCGCGAUGCCUCGUUUUACUGUCCACAUCCGAGAUGAGUGGCUGGCAUUGCCCUGCCGGGACACCUCCAACACGAUCCAGUGGCUGGGACAAGAAGCGCUUAAACGUUACAUGAAGAACAAACCAGACAACGGCGGCAUUACGGCUGUGAAAGACACGCGUUUUGUCGUGCGCAGGUGCCAGGGUUUGGGUCUGUUGGACAUGGAUGAUACCGUGGAGGAUGUGCUGGAGGAUAAUGACUUUGUCGAACUUGCUAUCGAAGGAGAUACCAUGUCUCCUGAGUUUAUCCCAUGUGAGCCUGGAGUUUCUCCUCUCACAGCAGCAUACAAAGAGCCUGAAGAGUAUAUUUCUUUGGAUGGCAACAGCCUGACGUCAACAGACCUCGUCAACUUAGGCAGAGGACUCUACAAGAUAAAGCUGACUCCAGAGGCAGAAAGAAAGGUUGUGCAAUCCAGAGAGCUUUUGGACACCAUUGUCAAAGAAAACAAAGUUGUCUAUGGGAUCACAACAGGUUUUGGAAAAUUUGCCCGAACUGUCAUUCCUGUCAGCAAACUCAAGGAGCUCCAGGAAAACUUGGUGCGCUCACAUUCAGCAGGUGUGGGAAACCCAUUAAGCCCCGAGAGGACACGCAUGUUGCUUGCUCUGAGGAUCAAUGUUUUGGCCAAAGGGCACAGUGGAAUUUCACUUGAAACCCUCCAGGCCAUGAUCCAGGCCUUCAAUGCCUCCUGCCUCUCAUUCGUCCCUCAGAAGGGAACAGUGGGCGCUAGUGGUGACCUGGCACCCCUCUCUCACCUGGCCCUGGGACUCAUGGGAGAGGGUAAAAUGUGGUCUCCCAAGAGUGGAUGGGCAGACGCCAAAUAUGUCCUGGAGGCCCAUGGACUAAAGCCAAUAUCACUAAAGCCUAAAGAGGGCCUGGCUCUGAUUAACGGGACGCAGAUGAUCACCUCUCUAGGGGCAGAGGCUGUGGAGCGAGCCCAGGCGAUUGCCCAGCAGGCAGACAUUAUUGCUGCUCUCACCCUGGAGGUGCUAAAGGGAACCACCAAGGCCUUCGACAGCGACAUUCAUGCACUGCGGCCACACCCAGGACAAAUAGAGGUGGCUCAACGCUUCCGCUCACUACUGGACUCUGAUCACCACCCAUCCCAGAUCGCAGAGAGCCACAGGUUCUGUGACAGAGUCCAGGAUGCCUACACCAUGCGGUGCUGUCCUCAGGUUCAUGGAGUUGCCAAUGACACAAUAGCAUUUGUCCAGAAUAUCAUCAAUACAGAAAUCAACAGUGCCACUGACAACCCUAUGGUAUUUGCAGAAAGAGGUGAGACCAUUUCAGGUGGUAAUUUCCAUGGGGAAUACCCGGCUAAGGCUCUGGAUUUUUUGGCCAUUGCAGUCCAUGAGCUGGCCUCAAUCAGUGAAAGAAGGAUAGAGAGGUUGUGUAACCCCUCUCUGAGCGAGCUGCCUGCCUUCCUCGUCAAUGAGGGUGGACUCAACUCAGGCUUCAUGAUUGCCCACUGUACUGCAGCUGCCUUAGUUUCAGAAAAUAAAGUUUUGUGUCACCCAUCGUCUGUGGACUCUUUGUCCACCAGUGCUGCCACGGAGGACCAUGUGUCUAUGGGAGGAUGGGCUGCUAGGAAGGCCCUGAGAGUUAUAGAGCAUGUGGAGCAAGUCCUUGCUAUAGAGCUGCUGGCAGCCUGUCAGGGCAUUGAGUUCCUCCGUCCACUUCGUACCACCACUCCUUUGGAGAAGGUCUAUGAACUUGUUCGCAGCGUGGUCAAGCCGUGGAUUAAAGACAGAUUCAUGUCGCCUGAUAUUGAAGCCGUUCAUCGCCUCCUGCUCGAUCAAAAGGUGUGGAAUGUGGCCAAACCUUACAUUGAUAAGUACCAGACAGAGUACAUCCCCGAGUCCCGCCCCGUCUCUCCGACUGCCUUUUCCCUGGAGUCUCCAGCUUCUCCGAGAAAGCGUGUUCGUCACGAAUGAGAUGUUUUUAUUUUAAUUUUUUUUUUUGGCAACAACUUCAGUCACAAAAAAGCAAGAUCCUACAGACUGAUAUUGUGCAGCAUCACAAUUAGUCAAGAGUGCGUGACCAUCAACCAAGACCAGCAGGAACAGUCCAUUUUCAUGGAGAACGGGAGGAAACAGAUCAUUAUGAUCAAUAAAUAAAUCAUGACGCCAGGCAAGAGCGCUUUGCAGGAUCUUCCUUUCUUGGGAAUGAAGUGAUACAUCACAUCUGAGAUAGCUGAAUUUGUGAAUUUCCUAUUCCCAUUAAAGAAUUGUUUGAAAAUCACCCCAAAACCUCUGAAGGUUUGAUUCAAAGAUGCUAUAUUCUUAUUUUCCUUGAAGACUAAAUUAUGACCUGACUUCAAACAGUAACGUUUUUAAUCCUUGGGGAUAUCUUAUGAGCUUAUGGACUGGCUAUUCUACAUACAGAAUAUUAGUCAAGCCAUUAUCAGAUUUAACUUGUGUAUACUGCACCUUACCCUGCUGUACAUUAGACUUGUUUAUAUCUAAACUUUUUGUUCUUUUAAAAUGUGCCUAAUUUAGUCUUUAUUGCCAUGACUACUUCAACCAUUGUAUAAUUUACACAUCAAAUCUUAAUUAUCUUAGCACAAUCUAUGAUUUUUUCUCUUUUUUUUUUGGUGUGUUUGAAAUCGUAUUUAAUUG